GUGCAUGUAACAAAAUCAAAACAAGGAAGUUGAAAGCAGAUACGAACAAGCAGUGAAUUUAGAAUGAUUUCUGUCACUUACCAACUAAACAACUGAAACAGGCAUUGUAAGAGUUUUUAAACGACAACCAAACUUGACCAGUAUAGAUGUCGCAAUCUGGAACAAAACACCUUAUAACCAUUAUUGAUAGUGACAACGACGACCCUCCUGUAGAUCCACAGUCUCCGACACAAUCAACACGAGCUGAUCAGAAGGGUAGUAUAGACGACACUGCUUCUACGGAGCAACACGUUGAGACAACUUGUACAUCACAAACACAUGAACCAAAAGUUGAAAAUUAUAAGGACUCAUCAUUGCACACAAAGGAGAAAAUAAGUGAAAGGCGGGAUAAGGAAAAUUUUGCAGCCGAACAGACCAGUGCAGAGCGAGGGCAAGAAAAAAUGGAACAACUAAACCAACGAUCAGAAAAUACAUUUACAAACGAAAUAAAUCAAGUUGUGUUUAUCGAGAAUGCCGAUUACCCAGCCAUUGAGGAUCUGUUAAGGAAUUGUAGCAUGCAUAAAGAUGAACUUCUGAUUGGCGGAAACCUAGAAAUCGCUUUGGGGGAAUAUGAACAUCUUCUUAAAGUUGCAAGAGAAACAGGCUGUCCGGAACAAAGAAAACAAGGGAAAAUGUCGUCUGGUGACCUUGAUUCCGUGAAAGAAAGCAACAAAAAGCAGGCUCCGGCGCUGUACGCCGUGAUGUCUGCUGUUUCCGACAGGGUUCCCGGCUACAGCAGAUGGAGGGACGCUGUAUCUGAAUAUCUCACACUCACCACAAGCUCUCAGUCCGACCCAGAGAAGAAGAGACAGCAGCCUUUUACUGGUUCUCAAAGCAAACGGCCUAGGAAGUCGAACGGAAACAUUAUCGAGUGGUUGUUGGAACAGGAUAAUUGGGGGUCAGACCGAGCCCCGAGGCCAGAGGUGGUCAAGGAGUGUCGACAUCUGUUUACGUGUCAGAGUAAACUGAAAUCAGCAUUUCCAGAGGGGGCCGACAUAUUCGCUCUGGUUGACUCUACGUUCAAGGACGCAAACGAUGUCCCACAUAAAUUGAGGCACUCGGCUCUGUUCCAUUUUCUGCUUACUGUUGAUGAGCGGAAAUAUGGAAUAGAAUUAUCAGAGAUUUGGAGAGACUUUGGGAGACUUGUUUUAGCAGAAAAACUGCUAGAUCUAGCCCAAAAGGCCAAGGGACCCGAUCUGAAACAAAAUAUCAUAAUGAAAAGACUUGAAUUCUACAAGAUGCAAAAUCAGUUGAAGGAGAAAGAGGAGGAAAUUGAAGAACUGUCUAUGAGACUGAGUAAAUUUGCCAGUCAACAGCUGACGGAGGGAAACCCCAACAUCGCGGACCUGAGUGACACCCACCGCCCCACAAGACUGGGGGAGAUGUACAGUCAGCUGUUUGAUGACGAGUGGUCGGAGGCAUUCGAGGCCUUCAAACCCAAAACAGAAGAUGAUGGUAACAACGUCCUUCCCGACACGCUUUAUACGCUGCAGAACAUAUUGACGAAUAUCUUCGAAUUUUGUAAAGACCAAUUUAAGAGACAGAAGAUUUACCUUGAAGAUAGUUUCGCCGUCACUUUAGGGUUUGAAAAACCAAAGAGAGACGAUGCGGCUUCAGAGAAGGAUAGUAGAGUUAACAGCGAAGAAAUACCUUCUCUUGAAAAUAAAGAACAAACGGAGUCCUUUGGAGACAGCAGCACUACGGAGAAGAGGAAUAAAGAGGAAGACGAGGAAAAACAUAACAGAGAGACCGAUGGAGGGAAUGGGUCAUCAGAAAAACUUUCAACGCCACCUAUUGCGAAGGAAAAUCCAAACAAACUGGAAGCAGAUAAUGAGGAAGAGCAGAAAUAUGAUCAGAUAAUGACUACUCAAGAACAUGGGGACGAAAACGGCCAACAAAUUCUACCACUGGAUAAAGAUCUGAGCACUGACAACGAAAUCGAUGCUAAGAAAAACAAUCAGGAGCCAUCUAACCAAAAACCAAAACAAGAAACUUUAGAAGAUGGAAAUCGAUCCGAGAGGAAACAAGAAGAGAAAGCAGAACCUGGUGAUGUGAAUCCAGAGGACAGAGUGUACAGAAACAGUGUGGAGUACCCAAAUCUUGUCAGACACGCCAAAAACUUCAGUAAAGCAGUGGCCUCCACGACAGCCAAAAGCAAGUCAAAGCUGUUCAUAGACACUGAGCUCCCCGCCCUGAUACCAGACGAGAUCAUCCGAGCAGACGUCCGCGUGGUGACGUACGUCAGGAAGUGUGUAGAGCUUUGUUGGUACAUGUGUAUGCAGGACCCACCAAUGGUGAUCAUCUCACCUAAACAAGGACAACUGGUGGACAAGGCCUUAUUCUCCUUCCAUGGACGCCGUGGGAAGAUCGUGGAGGUGUGUGUGUGGCCGGCGCUUCUUCUCCAUGACAACGGACCCCUGGUGUGUAAGGGAUACGUUCUUCCGGAGGAGAGGAAUCGCAAUAGAUAAACUGGAUGACUGCUUUACCCAUAUUACAUUGUACUUGUUUACCCCAUCUAUAACAUGACUUGUAUACUCAUUACAAAAUCAAUAAAAAAAAGUUAUUUUUAGGAUACAUGAAGCUAUGAAAUUAUGUACUUGGCUUAUGAUCGAACACAUGUAACUAAAAGUUAAAACUACCAAGGGACAGUUUCGGAUUAUGUACCCGGUCAGAAUGUAAUACAGUAACUAUUGAGUAAUAUUACGCAUUUGUAUGAAUUAGCUUAAUCUGAAAAACCGAGAAAUAUUCGGUUAAAAAUAUUGCUCUCAUAUGCAAGAUACCAUUUGUGGUAGAAUGUCACAAAAAAUUUGAUUUAUUUGGUCAAAUUCUAUAAUCAAUGUACAUGUUCAUAAAUAUAUAACUUAUCUCCCUACUGGAGGUCUAUAUUUUGAUUAACUUAAACCAAUUUAUGACCAGUUUGUUCAUACGAACAAAACACAACUUGCUAUUUCGUUGGACAUUUUCUCGAGCUUCUAUAAUAAAUUUAUUUGUUGA